UUGUUUGAGUGACAGCUGUGGUUGUGACAGCCCACACCGGGACGGCAGCCCGUAGAGCCGAGCCGAUACUCAAGAUGGCAGGUCUAUCUUUAUACUUUGAAGAUGGCCAUGACGAUUUGGAUGACUUUGGAUUUGAUGACUAUGCUUCAGAGUGUGACGGAAUCCGCAUCACAGCCUUCCUUGAUGCAGGACAAGACAACCUAACUCCUCUUGGAAGACUAGAGAAAUAUGCCUUCAGUGAGAAUGUCUUCAACAGGCAGAUUGUGGCUCGUGGCCUGCUUGAUGUGCUUCGAGAGUUCAGUGACAAUGAAAAUGACUUUAUCAGUGUCAUGGAGACAGUUGUCAGAAUGUCAGAAGAUGGAGAGCCCACAGUGCGAGCUGAGCUGAUGGAGCAGGUCCCCAACAUUGCCAUGUUUUUACAUGAGAGUAGGCAUAACUUCCCAGCCGCUUUCUCAAGAUACUUGGUACCAAUCGUGGUCCGGUAUCUCACUGAUCCAAAUAACCAGGUGCGGAAGACGAGCCAGGCAGCGCUGCUUGUUCUGUUGGAGCAGGGCCUCAUUUCUAAAGCUGACAUGGAAACCAAAGUUUGUCCAGUUCUGCUAGAUCUCACAAAACCCAGCAGUGAUGACGACUACAAAAUAGAAGCAGUUGCUAUUAUGUGUAAAGUUGUCACCAUGUUGAGUAAAGACACAGUGGAGCAUCUACUCCUGCCACGUUUCUGUGACUUGUGCAGUGAUGCCAGACUCUUCCAAGUUCGCAAGGUCUGUGCUGCCAAUUUUGGAGAAUUUUGUUCUAUUGUAGGUCAGGAAGCCACAGAAAAGCUACUGAUGCCCAAGUUCUUCGAUCUGUGCUCAGACAGUCUGUGGGGUAUCAGGAAAGCCUGUGCUGAGUGCUUUAUGGUGGUUUCCAAUUGCACUUCUCCUGGGGUGCGACGCACAAAACUUUCCCCCCUGUUCAUCAGCCUCAUCAGUGAUCAGUCCCGCUGGGUGCGCCAGGCUGCCUUUCAGUCUCUGGGACGUUUCAUCUCCACUUUUGCUAAUCCAGCCAGCAGAGGCAUUCAUUUCAGAGAGGACGGUGCCCUACCAGAGGUCCCCAGGUGUACAACAGACAGUGAAUGUUCCUUAAAUUCCCUGAAUUGCCACACCAAAAGACCCAUCGCUCACACACCUCCCAACCAGGACGGCCGUGCCACACCUUCCCCAGAGCACAUGUUGACACCAGACAGUGAGGACCUGCACAGCUUUGAUGACAACCACACUCCUGUUUCUGGAGGGGCGCAUGACAACUUCACCUACAGCAUCUCAAACAGCUAUAAAAGCUCUACAACUACAAACAAUACUAAGAACACAAAAGAGAUGGAGCAGACAGAUGAGAACUUUAAUUCUUUCCGAUUCUGGAGGUGUCCUUUACCAGACAUCAGCGAAGAACUGGAAAUGAUAAGUUGUCAGGCAUCAGAAGAAGUGAUAGACAAGGAGCAUGAGAAAGAGAGAGACGAGGAGGAACCUGAAAAUAAUUGUCAUGAUUCCAAAUCCAGCCAUGGCAAAGCUACCAGCGACCAGAUCCAGAAGGUUUUGGACUGUUUGCAACCACACAUGGAUGACCCUGAUGUACAAGCCCAAGUCCAGGUGUUGUCAGCAGCUCUGAAAGCAGCCCAGCUUGACAGUCCAGCAGACAACUGCCCGGCAGACAGCCCAACUGAAUCCCAGCCAGAAGUGCAGCCUAAGAAUGACACUGAGAGCCCAUGUGUGGAGAGCAUAUCUUUAGAGGUUCAGUCAGAGAGCGAGAAGAGUCCCACAGAAGAGGAGCAAAUGAUGGAAAGUCCUCCAGCUGUGGAGUCGUACCUUGUCCUGGAGCAAGGAGAUGAAGAGACUCAGACAGAGCCCCUGGGCUACCGGGAUGAGUCUCCUUGUGACUCCCCUGUUCUUGAGUCUGAACUGAUUGAGAGUGUGGAGGAGGAGGGAAAGGAUGACUCUGCACAUAGCCCACUCUCUGAAGACAAGCCCAAGAUCCAGAAUGUCAUCCCCCAGCAGCUAUUGGAUCAGUACCUCUCUAUGACAGACCCAGCCCGGGCCCAAACAGUGGAUACAGAGAUAGCCAAACACUGUGCCUUCAGCCUGCCUGGGGUUGCUCUUACUCUGGGACGACAGAACUGGCACUGCCUCAAAGACACAUAUGAAACUCUUGCUACUGAUGUGCAGUGGAAGGUGCGGCGCACACUGGCUUUCUCCAUCCAUGAGCUGGCAGUUAUUCUGGGAGACCAGCUGACGGCAGCUGAUCUGGUGCCCAUCUUCAAUGGUUUCCUCAAAGACUUGGACGAGGUCCGCAUUGGCGUGCUCAAACACCUGUAUGACUUCCUCAAGCUGCUGCACGCAGACAAGAGGAGAGAAUAUCUGUACCAGCUGCAGGAGUUCAUGGUGACGGACAACAGUCGCAACUGGAGAUUCAGAUAUGAGCUGGCAGAGCAGUUGAUCUUGAUCAUAGAGCUGUACAGCCACUAUGACGUGUAUGACUACCUCAGACAGAUAGCACUCACACUUUGCUCUGACAAAGUCUCUGAGGUCAGAUGGAUCUCAUACAAAUUGGUUGUAGAGAUCCUUCAAAAACUGUAUUCAUGUGGUGCUGAUGAUCUGGGCCUGAACUUCAUUAACGAACUCACCAUAAGGUUCUGUCACUGUCCCAAGUGGGUGGGGCGGCAGGCAUUUGCCUUUAUCUGCCAGGCCAUCGUGGAGGAGGAUUGUAUGCCUAUGGAGCAGUUCAGCCAGCACCUCCUGCCCAGCCUACUCAGCCUCUCCUCAGACCCAGUGGCCAACGUUCGUGUACUAGUGGCUAAAGCGCUACGACAGACUGUCAUGGAAAAAGCAUACUUCAAGGAGCCGGUCUGUGCCUACUCUGAUGAGCUGGAAGAGACUGUCAUGGCUCUGCAGUCCGACAAGGACCGGGACGUCCGCUUCUUUGCCAGCCUGGACCCCAACAAAGUUUUGAUGGACACAGCUCCCUUGAUCUAGCCUCAGCUCCUCACUCCCAUUAUAGCCCACCUGCCUGUCUACCUGUCUGUCUGACUGAUGCACAGUCAGAAUAAUUUGCAACACCAGCACCCGUCCAGGUCCCCAUAACUCUCCUGCCGGGCAGACCUGCACCAGUAACCACUUGCAAAUCAUGUCAGAUGUUCAGAAUACAGUAUAAAAGUAUGAGCAUGUUCAAACAAACACAGCCCUGCGUCUGAUAGGGCGCCAUGUAACGCACAUUACAUUCACAACACAAAAUGCAUACUUCUCAGAGUUUUCAGACAAUGAGCAGGGCUAAUAGGUCAGCUGCACCAUUUUGGGAGCUGCUGUUUUUUUGUUUUGUUUUUUACCUGAACCUUUUCCCAACUUCCUCUACACUAACAUUGGUGUAAUUUUAACUUGUAAAACUAUGACAGAAUCUCUCUCCAAAGCUAAUUGUAAACUUGUUAUGGAAUUACUGAAUUGAUAUUUUUUCCAUUGCUUCGGUUUGUGGAUUUCUUAAUGAACAAGCAGGCGUGGCCUGCCUGACUGACAUGUGCACUAACUCAGGGGGACUCAUCUGAACCUAAACAGCAUUACUAGCUUACAUGCUAAGCAGCAGUUCCUGGAUCCCUGAUGAAAUGAACUCCAGCUGCCUGAGCAACAGACCAGCCAAACCAAGUAGCUCUGCUGGUGUGUCUCGUCUCAACUCCUCCCGUAUACCUCGUUUGUCUCAGAUGUCCUUUGUCCUCUGAGUUAUUGUCCAGUUCCCUUCCAGCUGGUAUUCAGUCUUUUUCCCCUGCAUUGCUCUACCUGGUCUUUAUGGGCCACUGAAACCACUACUACUGCACAGAUACAAGUGUGAUUCUACCACUCUGUGCACCUUUCGAUUAAAACCAUAUAUUAGACUUUUUUUUUUUAAACAACUUAAUAAAGUUUUGAACCCCACCCUUCCCCCCACCCUCCAAAAAAAAACCUGUGUCUGUUUACCAAAAAUGUGACACAACAUGUCUCCUAAACCAGAGGAGACUACUGAAAUACCUCUGUUUGGACAUGGCUGGCCAGUGUGUCGUGCAUGUAGAGGGACAUCCACGGUUCAACCAGGCUCUGAAUGUCCUUGAAUGGUAACUCUGUGGUGUUGACCGAAAACAUCUUAACAAGGGCUCAUGAUGAUGUGACACAGUGUGAUGUAAAACUCAGAGAAGAGGAAGAAAGCAAGUACAUUGUUGGAUUAUGCAUGUUUCCCAACUCUCUUCCUUCCCCAAUUUGUGUACAGAGUAUUCCAGUUUCUUAAGGUUGACUUCCUGAUAUUGAGUAAUGUGACCAUGUUAGCUUUCAGUGGAUCUGACUGACAAGUUGUAUGGUAGGAUAUAGGAAUGGUUGUGUUAUGAGACUUAAAGACAGCUGUCCAUUAUUUUCCUCUCUUGAUCGAAUGAUUUAAGUAUGAGGUUUCUCAAGAUUUGCAACUCUUUGUACAGCGUAAACUGUGGAAGACAGCAUGUGUUUAUGGAACCAAGGCCAGUGUAGUCGGGUUUUUACCCAUCGAGAUGUGUGAAUACUGGGAGCAGUCACCAAGUCACUUUUUGUAGUCUCUUGAGUUUGUUUUCCUUUUGUAAAUGGCCUCCUUUUAUUGAACCUAGACAUGAGAGUUUAAGCUGAUUGUGUGUGUGUGUGCUGUGCAUCUCAAGUCUUUCUGCGAAAGGAGAGCUCACUGCGGGAAUGGCAGCGUCUACUCAUCUCGUCUCUGCGAUUUGUGUCCAUCUCGUUUUUUUUUAAUGUAGUAGAACAGUUAAUAUAUACAUUUUAUGAAAUUUAUUUUUCUUUUCAAUUAUGCAUCACUGUUCAAAAAUUUUAUAUUCUAACUUUACAAAAUUUACAACCUUUGUAAUAUUAAAUGGU